AGACAGCAGCAAUGGGAGGCCGUACAGGGACCCAUGACACACUCUGGACCUGGCAGCAGCAUGAGGAGGCGGUACAGGGGCCCAUGACAGAUUACGGGCCUGGCAGCAGCAUGAGGAGUUGGUACGGGGGCCCAUGGCAGAUUACGGGCCUGGCAGCAGCAAUGGGAGGCCGCCCGUAAUCUGCCAGCACCCUAUGACAAAAAAUGGAACACACCAGCAGUGUGAGGAGACCUGAAAGUGGCACAUGGCAGAGUGUGGCGAUGGAGACAGCAGCAAUGGGAGGCCGUACAGGGACCCAUGAGAGACUGUGGACCUGGCAGCAGCAUGA